UUGGAGAGGGCGGGGGAUCGAUGGGCGGGGGUUGGAGCCGUCGCGCAGGGAUUUGAUGUUUUCUUGGUCCAGGGGCAAAGAAAGGAAACAGCAGCAAGCAUUUGUUGGUCCCACGCGCUCCCAAGUCCCAACACAACCUCCCAACCCUCUCUCGUAUUUGUUUGUUGUUGAAUCCUCGGCGGUAGUAGUGUAGUACUACUAGGCUAGGCCCCCUCGCCCCCAGGAAGUCUUUCUGUUUCAUUAUCGCCGCCCCAUCUCCGUCCGUCACAAGAGCAUAUUUUCGGAGGAAUAGGGAGAGGAAGACGGCGGGCGGAGAAGGGAGUAGAAGACGACGAUGCCGCCCGCCAUGACCGCCAUCGCUCUUCACGGGCUUCUCGAGCCCAGCAGCUCAUCAUCAUCAUCAUCAUCAUCAUCAUCCCUCAGCCGACGACGCGAGGACGACGUGGAGCAGCAAAGGGCGCACUGCGUCUCCCCCGCUCCCUCUCCGCCCUACGCUCUCAAAUUCAAAGGGCCCCGCGAUGAUGAUGCAGCGGCGAAGGCGAAGGCGAAGGCGAAGACAAAGGAUAGAGGGUUCGACGCCUUGCGAGCAGAGUGGCGGCGGCGCGAGGCCGAUGUCGCUGGUGAUUGUGAUGAGGAUGUGGGUUUCUUCGAUCCCCCGGAGAUGCCGAGCUGCAGCAGCAGCAGCAGCAGCAGCAGCAGCAGCAGCAGCGCGGGGUUUGGGGAUCGUUUGCCGCGGUCGCCGCCGCUGCUCAGCCAGAGCGAGUUCUUCGAUGCUUGCGAAGAUUUCUUCUCUGACGGUUCUCCUUCUCAAUCCUCCUCUUCUGUUGGAAGAGAUCUUGAAACUGAAUUGCAUAGUCUAAGUCUUAAUCUUCGCGAAGAAACAGAGAAACGAAGGCUAGCGGAGGAGGAUCUUCUCCAUAUGCAAAACCACUGGCAAAAUAUGGCAAAGUCUCUCUCUCAGUUAGGUUUAUCGUUUCCUUUGGAUUGCCAUUCUGUCAAUGCCCAACUUGAGACAGACAGUGCUGCACUUUGCCAGGAGGUUAUAGUUUUGAAGGCUGUUUCUGAAGCUAUUGAGAGGAGUUUGACACAGGCUGAAUCUGAAGCAGUUAUAAAUGAAAUUAUCAAUUCAAAGAACCAUGGAAUUUCACGCUUGCGAGAUCGACUACUGUAUUAUGAAACUGUCAAUCAUGAAAUGACCCAGAGGAAUCAAGAAAUCAGAGGAUUGGCUCGCCAAAGACGGCUGAGAAGAAAGAGAAAGUGGAAGUUAAUAUGGAGCUGCAUUGGCCUGUCUUUUACUGUCGGUGCUUCUCUUCUCGCUCGCUCAUAUUUAACCGACUCCAGUACUAAUGACUCCGUCACAACCAGCUCUGCUGCUGCUGCUGCUGCUACUCCUGACGCUCUGGAGCAAGCGGCAUAGUUAGGCUAUUGGUUGAUUCACCGAAAUGAAAAAGUUUUGUUUGUUUUCCAAGUUAGAUGUUAUGAAAUUUGGUCUUCUCUCGUGGACUUGUACUUCUUCCAGGAGGAAAAUUUUGUUUUCAACUCAUUAUUGAUUUGCGGGUUAGUGUGGCUAACUCAUUAUUCUGUUAAUAGGAGAUCUCUCUAUAUCUAAAUAUCAUGGGGUAAUUGGCAUUUUCAA